GUGAUGGGAGUUGGAAAUUUAUCGAGUUAGAACUAAGCUAGCGGUUACAUUCUUUUUAACAAAAAAGAAUAAAAAAAAGUCUCCUAGCUAAAACCAGAAAUCAUAAAUCCUUUUUUGACAUGAAUUUCCAUAUAUUUUCUUAGCUCCCAAACCCAGAAAAACAAAAAGAAAAAGAAAAGAUGAGCUCCGCAGGCACCACUCUGUCUUCGAAUCCGUUAAUUCAGUUGAAAGCCUCACCUAAAUUUCGCGCCAAAAAGAAAACUGCCAAUUUCUCAGCUCGUCUUGACAAUUCCAAGGCCAACCCAACAGACCCACAACUCAAUCUCUCUGUGCUCCGCUUCACACUCGGAAUACCUGGGCUGGACGAGUCCUACUUACCCAGAUGGAUCGGAUACGGGUUCGGUUCACUUUUGCUCUUGAACCAUUUUGCUGGUUCUGGUUCACCUACCCUGGCACAGCUUAGAACAGAGGCCUUGGGUCUAUCUUUGGCUGGUUUCUCCAUAGCACUUCCCUAUCUUGGAAAGUUUCUCAAGGGUGCUACUCCAAUGGAUCAAACGAGUAUCCCAGAGGGGUGUGAGCAAAUAUUUAUGAUAUCAGAAACUACCUCAAAUACUCGGAAGGAGGACUUGGCUUGGGCUACGUACAUUUUGUUGCGCAAUACAAACAGCAUAUCAGUGAUAAUAUCAGUUCGAGAUGAACUAUGUGUGCGUGGUUACUGGAGCAUACCAGAUGAUGUUUCAAAACCCAAUGUACUUGAUUGGUUUGAGAAACAGAUCAAAAGCAUUGGCCUCUCUAAUUUGAAGGAAACCCUAUACCUUCCUCAAAUUGAAGAUUCUGGACUCUGGGAGAUGCUACCCAAGGGGACUCGUUCACUUCUCGUACAACCAGUGCUGCAAGUUUUGAACCCAAAUGACAGUGGAAAUGAACAAAUUCAGGGAUUUGUCUUGUUGGCUUCAAGCAUGAGGUAUGCAUAUAGUGAUAAAGAUAGAGCCUGGGCUGGAGCUCUUGCAAACAAAUUCGGUGGCAAGUGAAAAUAAUUAGCCUGGAUUGGAGCUCUCACCAUAAAAAACUGAAGGUAUAUUUUUCAAGCGUACACUUCUGAAUUGAGAAGAGAUGAGUAAACUCAGAAACACACCUCUCCUGGGCGAGAGAAGUAGACUGUUGUACUGGAGGGAAGCCCUGGAAGGACUAAGCUAUGCACACGAACUCCAUCUUCACCCAGAACUUGACCCCUUGCCUUAUUGGACAAAUCAAGAAUGAGUUCCAAGGCAUAAAAUGACACUAUGAAAAGACUAAGUUUUGUAUUU